AUAUUUGGCAACGUGGGUCAAAUGGCUGCUGUUUGAGAAGCAUGUUGCUUGAAUGAAUUUCAUCAUAUUUUUUGUGAUAGCUGAAGGUGUGCAAUUAAGAAUUAAGCUUUUCUUUUGAUUUGAUCUCAGGGUCGAGAAAAUAAUUUUUCAACUUUUUCAUCACCUGGAGGUGAUUAAUAUUUUUGAACAAUAAAGAAAACUCGUGGAAUUAUUGCCAUUCAAUGUGAUGAUCAAUUUAUAUGAAAAGAAUAAUGGAGAGACGUUGGUGUUGUCUGUUGCAUUUUUACUAACAGACUGUUAUGUCUGAACCUGAAGUGAAAAAGAAGAAUAAGAAAAAGAAGAAGAAAUCUGGAAAGAAACCAGUUGUAGAAGAAACCCUUCCUCCACCUCCUCCUCCAGAAAAUAAAAUUUCUCAAAAUGAACCUGAAAAUGGUGCAGUUAGCAUCAAUGAAGUAUUGCCGAACAAAGUUGGUAUGACAACAAAAUUCAAUGAUGUUGAAGUUACUAUGACCCAUGAUGGUGUUGUAAAUAAUAUAGAUACUAGUGCUUCAUCUAAGAAGAAGAAGAAAAAGAAGAAAAAAUCUAAACAAGCAACUACAGAAGUUGUAGAAGAACCAAAGAUCACUGAAGAUAAUUCUCAAACUAACUUUUUCAAAUUUGAUAAAGACCGUAUUGAAUUAGUGAACCAUCCUGAAAUUAGUGUUACUCUUUCUAAAGCAGUGCCUAUUAAAGAAAAAGAACCUCAAGAGUCUGAGAAGGAAAAUUUUCCUGCUGUAGAUAAAAAAGACCAGGAACCGGAAACAGCUGUUAACUCUACUUCUAAGAAAAAAAAGAAGAAGAAGAAGAAAAAGAAGACUACUGUAGAUAAUAACUUGCCUUCUGAAGAACCAAAUCCAGAAUCUGUUGAUGCUUCAUAUAAAGCACCUACGUAUGUUAAAUUGCCUGCAACCGGCGAUUCUUGUGUUUUAGUUGUUAGUCACGAAGGCUUUGCAAAUGAUAAUAAAGCCCCUGUAAAUUCUGAAGCAGUGUCCACAGUUAAUAGUAAUUCAACUGUAUUAAUUAGGAAUAAAGACAGAAUAGAAGAAUCUAAAGGAGUUACUUUGUCAGCUCCAAAAAUUCAGACAGAACCAUCAAUUAGUAUAUUUCCAGUUUCAUCUGAUCAAAAUAAAACAUCCUCUGAUAAAACAAGUAGUAUGGCCAUGGAACCAAACUUGCAGAAAGUGAAUCAGUUGAUAAAGAAGGAGGUUAAUUCUAAUGAUCCUGCUGGCCAAACAAAAGAUGGACCAGUCAAUUCUGAAGGACCUACUUUGACUAAAGCACAAUUAAAAGCUGAAAGACGUGCCAAGCAGGAAGCCCAAAGAGCUGCUAAAUUAGCAAAAAGUAAUGAAAAAAAUGUUUCUCACCCUGAAGGAGCUGCACAGAAAAAAACUCCUGUUGAAAAUUCAAAACCUCCACCUCAAGUCAAGCAAAAUAUAAAUACUGAAAAUACAGAAGCUGCGAAAUCAAAAAGUACAUCAAAAUCUACUCCAGAAAAAGUCACAAAUAGAGGAUCGCAGAUUUUUUCACAUCUGCCCCAAGUCAAAGAUCUAACUGCAAAACAGAUGAGUGAUGCAAAUUUGAAAAUUCAUCCUGCUAUUAUUGAAUUAGGUGUUCAUUUCAAUAAAGGUACCAUCUGUGGAUCUAAUGCUCGAUGUGUGGGAUUUCUUGGAGCAUUUAGGGAAGCUAUUCAAGAUUAUGAAAAACCACCAGACAAGGAGUUUUCCAGAGAUUUAGAAUCCAAGUUGAAAAUGUAUUUAAAUUUUUUGAAUAAUUGCAGACCUCUUUCUGUUAGUAUAACUAAUGCUGUACGGUUUUUGCAGCAUCAAAUUAAUCGUAUUCCUAAAGAUAGUAGUGAUCAAGAAGUGAAACAAAAGCUUUAUAAUUCUAUUAACAAUUUCGUCAAAGAAGAAAUUCUUUUAGCUAAAGAAGCCAUUUGCAUGUCAGCUACUGCAAAAAUUGUUGAUGGUGAUAACAUAGUUGUUUAUGCCUAUUCGUCUAUUGUCAAAGAUGUUCUUUGUAAAGCUCAUGAUCAAAAUAAAUCCUUCCAUGUGACAGUCAUUGACUCAGGUCCCAAAUUUGAAGGCCUUCAGAUGUUGCAUCUUCUUUCUAAAUAUGGGCUGCAGUGCGCUUAUAAGUCAAUCGAUUCAGUUUGCUCUGUUAUGAAAAAAGCUUCAAAAGUUUUUAUUGGGGCUCAUGCUUUGCUUUUAAACGGAUAUGUUAUGUCUCGGUUAGGUUGCAAGCAAUUGGCAUUGGUAGCUUCAUCUUAUAGUGUUCCUGUUUUAGUUUGUUGCGAGACAUAUAAAUUUUGUGACAGGUCAUUGUCAGAUUCAUUUGUGCACAAUGAACUUGGAAAACCAGAAGAUUUGAUUAAAACCUGCCUUAAUAAAAAAGAGAGUCUUGAAGAUUGGCAAUCACUUCCAUCUUUCCAGACUUGUAAUAUACUUUAUGAUGUGACACCUUCUGAUUUGAUUUCUGUUAUCAUCACAGAAAAAGGUCUACUUCCUUGCAGUUCUGUGCCUGUUGUUUUACGAGUCAAGUAUGCAAGCUUACAAGAAUAGUGCGCUUUCAUUUUGUCUACUAUAUUAAUUUUUCUCGUAAAAUUAAAGUGUGAGUAAUUUUAAAUAAAGACUUUAAAUUUUCCUUUUUUUGGAUUUUGUUACUAUUAAACUAUGCUGCAUGGGUGCUCAUAAUGUACUUUUUAUAUGUAGGUUUGUGCUAUGGAAUAAAAUUAAAUUUUUAAGAAUA